AUGAGCUCUGUGAAAGAACUCAACUAUCCUCAUCUCCUAAUUCAGUACCAGAAUGGAUUUCUAAUAUCUAAGGUGAUGUUUACUGCCUGUGAGUUGGGUGUGUUUGAUGUGUUGCAAGAAUCAGAAGAAAAGCUGUCAUCCAAAGCCAUCGCAGAACAUCUGGGGAGCAGCCUCCAUGGAAUGGAGAGACUGCUGGAUGCCUGUGUGGGUUUGAAGCUCCUAGAAAUAGAAGUGAGCAAAGAAGGAGCUUUUUAUUGCAACACAGAAAUCUCUGAGCAGUUUCUCACAAAAUCAAGUCCAAAGUCUCAGUAUCAUACCUGCAUGUAUUACUCGAAAACAAUUUAUCCUUGCUGGCAGUACUUGACAGAAGCUGUAAGGGAAGGCAAGAACCAGUACGAGAGAGCAUUUGGCAUUUCCCCGAAAGCUGUUUUUGAAGCUCUGUACAGAUCAGAAGACGAAAUGCUGAAAUUCAUGUAUGGCUUGAAUGCAAUUUGGAGCCUAUGUGGCAGAGAUGUUAUAGCCGCAUUUGAUCUCUCCCCUUUCACUAUGAUUUGUGAUCUUGGUGGAGGUGCUGGGGCUUUGGCCCAGGAAUGUGUUUCACUAUAUCCAGAUUGUACAGUCACUAUUUUUGACCUUCCUAAAGUAAUCCAAACAGCCAAGAAGCAUUUUGUACCUCUAGAGAAAUAUCGGAUCAAUUUUUAUGAAGGGGAUUUUUUUAAAGAUCCUCUUCCAGAAGCUGAGUUGUAUAUUUUAGCAAGGAUCCUCCAUGAUUGGUCAGAUGAGAAUUGUGUACAACUUCUCACAAAAGUGCAAAAGUCUUGCAAAACUGGUGGUGGUGUUUUACUAAUUGAAACUCUUCUGAAUGAGGAUAAAUGUGGCCCAUUGGAAAGUCAACUCUAUUCGCUAAAUAUGCUCGUUUACACAGAAGGAAAAGAAAGGUCACCGGCAGAAUAUAGCAAGCUCCUCACAGCAAGUGGUUUCAAGGAGAUCGAAAUUAAAAAAUCUGGAAAACUCUAUGAUGCCAUUUUAGGAAGAAAAUAAUGCUUUCUUUUUGCUUUAUUAAAUGCAAACAAAGUGAGAUAAUAUACUUGGUCUCAAUUGUGAAAACACAAUUGGUUUUAAUGAAACACAAUUGAUCUAAAUGCCAUUACAGAACAGAAAUUAUAGUAUUAAUAACAGUCUAAAAAAAUUACAUUUUUCACUAUUGAUGGGCUUAAUGAACGUGUAAAUAAGCGUAGAGAGAUACCUGUUCAGGCUUUUUUUGUUUAUUUUUCUUUCAAAUAGGUUUUGCAAAAGAAAUUAUGCAUAUUUUCAGCUAUUUCCUGAAGUUAUUAAUGUCAUGUAAUAUUAGAGUUUCCUUCAUACGAUGAUGCUGAGAGAUAGUUAUGGAAUAUUAAGUUUAGUUGGAAAAACUGCACAGAGCCCUUAAGCCACAGCAACAGAACUUCAGAAACAAAAACUGGAAUUCUAAGACCAAAAAAUGCUAAAUGAAAUAUCUUUCCCCCUUUUUAGACUAGCCCAGUUCUGAAAUAAUGGUGUGUGAGAUUCAUUUUAUGUAAGGGGAAACUUGGUAAUAAAAUGUAAAAUUAACAGUA